UUUUUACAAAUUGGCAUUGCUUGAAAGGUCAACAAAAACUUCGGUGGAGUUUAUUAACCCUACCUCAACCCAAAUCAUAAACAGGUACACGUAACGGGCCGCGGAGCAAACGCUGACUACUGAGACUGGGUACUGAGUGAGACUAACUUUGUUAGAAAGAAUCUAAUGUCAAGACAAGUUCAAAAUGGAGGCUUCCCUAUUCUUGAUCAUUACAAUAUCCCUGUUUGUAGGGUUUUUGUUCUUAAUCUACGUUCUUUCACCACUUAUUACACCGAAAAGAAUGAAGCUGAACAAGGCACACGUCGUGAUCACUGGUGGUUCUAGUGGUAUCGGUAAAGCUGUUGCUAUGGAAGUCCUCAGGCAAGGUGCUAGUGUUACACUCUUAGCAAGAAAUCAGGAGAAAUUAAAACAAGCCAAACUUGACCUUGAGAAGUAUAUCAUUGACAAGGGACAUCAGAAAAUUCUCUGCAUAUCUGUGGAUUUAGCAAAGGAUUAUGGAUCCGUAGAACAGGCCAUUGAAAAGUCAGUGGAGGUAAUGGGUCCAUGUGAUAUGUUGAUCAACAGUGCUGGGAAAUCUAGUGCACUUGCUUUUGAAGAGCUGGAGAUAUCUGAGUUUAAGAAAGACAUGGAGGUGAACUACCUGGGCUCAGUCUAUGCUACACGUGCCGUAUUACCGUACAUGAAGAAGCAAUCACAUGGGCGUAUUGUUUUCAUCUCAUCACAAGCUGGUCAACUAGGCCUCUAUGGAUACUCCUCGUAUAGUGGAUCAAAGUUUGCUCUUAGGGGAUUUGCAGAAGCUCUUCAAAUGGAGGUCAAGCCGUACGACAUAUAUGUGACCCUCAACUUUCCUCCUGACACCGAUACACCCAUGCUUCAAGCUGAGUUAGAAACACAGCCGGAAGAAACAAGAUUGAUAUCUGAAACAUCUGGACUCUAUGCCGCACAGGAUGUGGCCAGAAUUAUUGUCCAAGAUUCUCUUAAUGCAGUGUUUCUUAGUUAUGUUGGAAUGGAUGGUUACAUGUUAUCAAUCUUGACAUGUGGUAUGUCACCAGUCACGUCUAUGAUGGUUGGAGUACAACAGGUUGCAUUCAUGGGAUUGUUCAGGGUCAUUUCACAUCUUUAUCUUGGAAGCUUUGAUAGAAUCAUAAAGAAGUGCAAAGAAGAACGAGACAAUAUGGAAAGCGAACAAUCUAAAGACAAGUGAAAGCUAGCCCUUGAUUAUUAACUUUAUCAAAAUGGAACAUUCUUGGAGGAUUUUCAGGGAGCAUGGUUUUGUUGAUUUUCAUUCACAACAACGGUCAGCCGUUGAAUCCUUGCUUCUGAUUGGCUGAGAGCGAAUAUCCAUUGAAAUUUCUGACAAGAGCAUGUUUCAUCCAACACUUCCAUGGCAAUACAAUGGGAAAGAGGGAAUUUCCCUGCAAGUGGCCAUUUUGACUUCUUAAAUCCAAAACUCGGAAGCUAGUAGGUUGGAAUUUAUAACUUGAAGAAUUUACAUGUUUUGAAAUGAAUGUUUAUUCUAAAGGGAAAGGGGCAUUUAGAAAUUGGUGUGAAAUAUAUUUCCAUUCAUCGUAUUAAAAUUGCUAAUGCCUGCUUUUGGAAGCUAUGUAUAUUUCUGUAAAUGAUAUAUGAAGUGUGGCCAAUGACUCAUCCUGAUGCUAUCACCUUUUGUGGUAGAUAGAACUAUUAGGAGCUAGUGAUCAUCAGUAACAUGACAUUGACACGUAAUCACCACUUAAAUUCGUAUUGAAAUAUAGCUACGUAUGCAGCGGCGUAACAGGGGUCGGUGGCCAGGGGGGGCAAGAGCCAAAAAUUUCCCGGUCAUAUCAUGGAACAGGCAAUGGCGUCAUAAGGCAAAAAUUUUGAGGGGGCGAUAUGGCGUAUCGGGCAAAUAUAUAUAUAAGCGAGCAAGCGAAGCGAGCGAGCAAAAUUUUUUACAUUUUUAUUGCAAAAAUCAAAUUUUGUGAUAGAUUUCGACAUAAUGUUAAAAAGGUGAUAUCAUAUUUCACCCUCCUCUCUUUCCUUUUUUCUUUCUUUUUUUGAACGCCACGGUGAUGGAUUUUUGUUAUGAUUGUGAGCAUCAGGACAAAGCUGUACAUGCUCGAGGGGGUCGAGGUAUGGUGCUUGUGGCAAGAAGUAGCUUAAUAUAGGUCCAGAGCGAGAUAAAAAAUCACCUUUUCAUGAGAAUCUAACAUGAAGAUUCAGAAAAAUUUCCUUUCUUUCCUCAUUUUUUGUUGUUUGGUUGUAGAACUUCUGGGGGCCAUGGUCCAAACUCAUCCAUAUAACAGUGCUUUAUGGGUGGGGUCCAGGGCAGAGCCCCGGAACCUAUUGAUAUCAAAGCCAUUUUAAACCUUACAGAUGGCCACUUAUUUUAAUCAAAUUGUGUGUAUAUUUAUAUAGCUUUCACACAACACAUAAAUUCAAUGCAGUUGUGUAUCGUAAUCAUCCAAAUAUUGUGAGGGGCACACCAUAGCAAAUGUGGAAAAAUUUGUAAAAAAUCGCCAGCGAGCGAAGCGAGCCAGAAAAAAAAUGGCCUGUUAAAAUUGAAUUCUAAUUAUGUGAUAGAUUUUUACAUCAUUAUAGCAAAUAUCAUGUCAUAUAUUUUUUUUCAUUCAUCUCAUUUCGCUGCCUCCUUUGUUUUCUUUUAUUUCCCCUUGGCUGUGGAACCACCCCCCCCCCCCCCGUCCUGAGGGUAAUACAAUACUUGGGUUGGCGAAACGUAAAGCUUAAUGCAGGAAGGGUCCAUAUAGGGGCCCGUUAUAGAACCCAAUAAAGGUUACAGAUGAAGAGCCCCCACUGCACGGGGUCUUGACUCCUAGACAGAGCCUUUGGAGAUUUAACAAGUUUAUGAUAGACUUUCAUACGACAUUAUGUUAUAUACCAUCCAUUUUUCUUCCCGCUCGUUAUCUCAAUCCUCGGCAGCCCGGUAGUGUACAUUAUCUUGUCUAUAUUCUUUAUUUUCCAAUUUAGAUUUUGGCUAAUUCCAUUCUGCUUUUAUUUCCCGCUUUUGUUUGCCUUUUUGUCAUCUUUAAUUUAUUUCCCUGUCUUACUAAUCAUGCUAAUGUAUUAGUAUAUCGGGGAGAAUUGUUCUUUCUCACUUGUUCUUCUUUCCUUCCUUUUCCUGUUAUCUUUCCGUUUUCCCUUUUUUAUGUUUUUUCUUAGUUUUCUUUUCCCUUUUCCUUUAGCUUUCCCCUUCCCCUUUCCCCUUUUUUCUUUCCUUUCCCUUUCCCUUUCUUCCCUCUUUUUUUUAUUUUCCCGGUGAGCUCCGCCAGGGGGGGCAGCUUGCCCCCCCCCCCCCGCCUGUUACGCCACUGUACGUAUGAUAUAUCCGAGUGCACAAUGUGCAUGGUCUGUUGUGAUUUCUUAUCACGAUUCACCUGAUAGCUCAUAGUGAAUCAUGUUGCGAGGCAUAAGACAUGAUCCAAGCUCCACCCACUUAACUGAUAAUUGGUAGCAUAUCCGUUAAGACGAUUGUUAUCCGUAUGGUCUGAACUCUGAAAUGGUGGCAGAUCGCCACUUUCGACAAACGCACAUUCAUAUGUUGUAUUAAACAGUAGCCAUCACGAGCUACUGAGAGGGUCAUUUAUUGCUUGUGGUAAUGAGGUCUGUGAGGGGAAUAGAAAUUGUGUAUACAGUAAUGUGUAUUGAGGAUUGUAAAUCCACUACAUGUCAUAGCACACCAAAGACUAUUUGAGCUUUGAGUAUCCUGUUAAGUUUAUGUUGGGAUUGUUCCAAUUUUAGAUGAAAAUAUGUGUGAAGGAUUGAAGGUAAUGAGAGACAUGAAUGCGUUUGACUUUUGAUUGUUUGUAUGAUUUAACAUCUGGUGUCGAUGAUACUCUAUUGCCAUGGUCAGCUUGGCUUAGCCAACAUUGUGAACUCUAUUGUGUUCAAAUUAAUUCACAACACGUUUCUUCAUUGUUUGAUCCAGGAUUAGUGGGGUCCCCCCCCCCCCUGCAAAGAAAAGUUUGAUUUCUCAAAUCAAAUCAAUUGUAUCAUGUAGGGUAACCGUAAUUCAAUGGAAAACUGCUAAAAGUUACAUUCACUGUCAGUAUCAAUUGUAUCUCUUGAUGUUAAACAUUUAUCAGACUAUUUAUCAGACUUGAAGUUUUUAUGCAUACUUGCUGUAUUUUUCAAUGUCUUCCAUGUUGUGCCCUUGCCUCCUUCCUGUCUGACAUAUGACAAAUAUACGUGGAGCUGUUGAUUUUCUCAAUUGCUUUCUCCAGAUCCACAAAGACAAGAAGCUUUUCGGUCCAUUCUUUAGUUUCCUUUCCAUGAUAUACCUGACUACGAACGGAUAAGUGGUUCCCUUAAAUAUUUCCGAAACGCAAAAAGAUAACGCCGCAAAAUAUUUUGACUUUUUUCUUUAAAGUCUGGCGCAACUUUUGAGACACAAAUUCGCGACAUACGGGUAUAGCAUCGCGUUGUCACAUGACUUUUUACGAGACAAUGUCAUGCCUAAAAUGGCUCAUUUUUAUACUUUGUGUACAAAGUCUAUGGGAGAUGAAAUUCAUAAAUGGGUGAUUAUUUUUCGUUCUAAUUGGUCUGCUUAAUUAAUUUAGGGUUUAAUUUAGUUGUUUAUUGUUCUGUAAUAACUUCCAUUGAAAAUAACAAUGAAAAUCAAAAGAUGAAAAAACAGAGAAAUACAUAAGAAAUUCUAAAAACAAAGGAAUACAUAAGAAAAAAAUUGGCUUUUGCAAUUUUUCUUUGUUGAAAACCUUUAAAUUAGAUUACAAAGAUGACAUCUGCCAAAAAAAAAAUUGAAGUGAAAUUGGGUGUUAAAUAUGCAAGUAAUGUUUUUCAUGAUUAAUUUGCAUGUUUUAUUCAUAAUGAAUAAAAAAUUAUUAUUUUUAGAAUAUUUUUAUACUAGCUUGUAGUUUAUGUGGUAAAGAAUGUGCGUGCCGAAUUUUGGUGCGAACGGCGGCCAAGAUCAGAAGGCGGGCCAUCAUAGCCCCCCCUAGUCUUCAACACAGUAUCUCAAAUAGCCCAGUCCUUUUAGGGUUAACAAAACCAAAUAGAGGGUGGGACCCAACACACUACCUUGUGGCACGCCACUCAGUACUUCUUCACAGGUCAUCUCUUCCUGGUUUCAAGUGACAAAAAAAGUGGAAAUUUGAGCAUUGCUGUUAAUUAAUGCCCAAAAAUCACAGGGAUUUAUUGAUUAAAAUUUAGAUAUAAAAUUUAACACAUCAAGUAGGAUUUCAUUCAAAAGGCCCUAUAACUCUUUUACACCAAUUUGGAAUGAGUGUGAAUCCACUCAUUUACUUAUUUCUGUGUGAUACUUGGUCCGUCAAGUCAUACACAAAAUUUCAUUUUUAAAAAGUCACAAGGAGUGUCCAGGGGAUUAGUAGUAUGGGCUUACAAAUUGGCCCUGGAAGGGGGGCUGGCACUCAGCUAUACUGUUGUACAAAUGCAUAACCAUGGUUUUUCAAAUUGCUCCUCUUUUAUUGGUUAAAAUGCCCUAUUAACAUAUUUCCACAUGUUUUCUUUGGGGUUAGACACUAAAACAAAUGUAACCUCUAUUGUUAUACAGACAACAGACUUUUUUAUAUUGAUAAACCAUUAACCAAACCUAUUUGGGGGGGAAUAUGCCAUUAUACCCCAUUGUGAUAAAGUAAAUAUACCCUUCUGUUCAUAUCUUUGCUGUAAUCUCCAGAAAUAUGUAACUUUCCUUCUGAUUUUUGAUGUUUCUGACACCCUUAAUUAAAGAUAUUAUUUAACUUUGUGAGCAGCCGAUUUAAAAAAUUCUCAAACCAAGUUGAAACAUGUGUACAAGUGCAUGUAUUAGAACUAAUAAACCCUGAAAACAACCAUUAUUGAGAAUGAAAAGCUAAAACUACAAGGCAAGCCCCGAUUUUGUAAAUAGGCGUCUUAUAGACGCCUAAAUAGUACACAUAAGUGUAUGGGAUGAAAUUAAGAUGGUGUUUUCGGUCACUUUAUAUUUCAAUUUUUGAAGCACUAAAUAAUUAUUUUCAAACGCAAUUUUUUUCUGGGCUUCAUUUUUGUAACAUAUCACAGACACAGGUGACAAGUGUGACCUGCGAGCUCAGAUUUUUUUAAAGUCAAACCAAUGUUAACCAAUCACUUUAAUGUGCAACAUGUCUAUUGUGACUCAGUUAGCUGUAACUACCCUUUAAUCCAUGUGAUUUUCUGGUUACACAGUACAGUAAUAAAGUGAUAGCGCUAGUAAUUUGAAUACUAUUUUUCACCCACUUUUAUAGACAACUCCUGACACUUGCACAUUUACACUUCAGUGAGCUGAAUUUGGAAAUGUUCUUGAUUUGUUAUUGUUUAUUAUUUAUUUAUUUAUUUAUUUUGGGGGGCGGGGGGGGGGGAGGUAAAUAACAUUAAUGGUUAUUAAAGUUAGCACUUAUAUGAAUAAAGGAAAUUCUCAUUUUGGCAAUGACGCCCUGUAACUUUUGAAAAGUGACUCUUUGUCUUUGAUAUAAAUAUGCUCACUCAUUCUGACUUGAUAGAUCAUUUAGAUUUAAAAAAAGGUUUAGAUAAGAUGUUGGCUCACUCUAGUCUUAUGACUGAAAUAACUGAGCUCAAACUCGUUUUAUGCUUUGGUAUCUUUUUAAAAUGUUGGUUUUUAUUUGUUUGUGCAGGUAUGUAUGACUAUGUUGUCACAAUUAUACAUUUGCCCAUCUUUUGUUCCAUAUGAAUAACAAAAAAUACAUUGCAGUGACAAGUUCCUCACCAAGGGGCUAUAGCUUUCUAACAUAAAAGAUGAUUUAAAGCUUAAAAUCAUACAAUUAAUUAAAUGUUACAUAGUAGAAAUUGGAAUUACCUGUGCGUAGUUCAAAUGAUUUAAAUUGUAUCUUUUUAUUCUUUGUGAUUUUUAUGAAUUUUUAGAAAAAUAAUAAUCAUGUAUGUUAUUGCGAAUCUUGAUGAAAGGUUGAUGAUAUGUUUAUUUUCUUAUUUUACUGGAAGAUGAUCUCCAUGAUUGGAUUCUUUAUUUAGCAAUAAAUUCUUUUUAUACAGUAAA